CCAGAGCCAGCCCCCUGCAGUCUGCCCUUGGGUAGCAAUCCGUCCCUUGCCCUCCACAGCUGAUUGUGAACGAUAAGAGCCAAAACCUCCGGAGGCUGCAGGCUCAGAGAAAUGAGCUGAAUGCAAAAGUUCGCCUGUUGCGGGAGGAGCUGCAGCUGCUGCAGGAGCAGGGUUCCUACGUGGGGGAAGUCGUUCGGGCCAUGGAUAAGAAGAAAGUGCUGGUCAAGGUGCACCCUGAGGGCAAGUUUGUGGUGGACGUGGACAAAAACAUCGACAUCAAUGACGUGACACCCAACUGCCGGGUGGCUCUAAGGAACGACAGCUACACUCUGCACAAGAUCCUGCCCAACAAGGUGGACCCCCUGGUAUCCCUGAUGAUGGUGGAGAAGGUGCCCGACUCGACUUACGAGAUGAUCGGGGGGCUGGACAAGCAGAUCAAGGAGAUCAAAGAAGUGAUCGAGCUGCCUGUCAAGCACCCUGAGCUCUUCGAAGCCCUGGGCAUCGCACAGCCCAAGGGCGUGCUACUGUACGGACCCCCCGGCACCGGGAAGACGCUCCUGGCCCGAGCUGUGGCACAUCACACGGACUGUACCUUUAUUCGGGUCUCUGGCUCUGAGUUGGUCCAGAAGUUCAUUGGGGAAGGGGCAAGAAUGGUGAGGGAGCUGUUCGUCAUGGCCCGAGAGCACGCGCCGUCCAUCAUCUUCAUGGACGAGAUCGACUCCAUUGGCUCCUCGCGGCUGGAGGGGGGCUCCGGCGGGGACAGUGAGGUGCAGCGCACAAUGCUGGAGCUGCUCAACCAGCUGGAUGGCUUCGAGGCCACCAAGAACAUCAAGGUGAUCAUGGCCACCAACAGAAUUGACAUCCUGGACUCGGCGCUGCUCCGCCCCGGGCGCAUCGACAGAAAGAUCGAGUUCCCGCCCCCCAACGAGGAGGCCCGGCUGGACAUCCUGAAGAUCCACUCUCGGAAAAUGAACCUGACCCGGGGGAUCAACCUGAGGAAGAUUGCGGAGCUCAUGCCAGGGGCUUCAGGGGCUGAAGUGAAGGGUGUAUGCACAGAGGCUGGCAUGUAUGCCCUGCGGGAGCGGCGAGUCCAUGUCACCCAGGAGGACUUUGAGAUGGCAGUAGCCAAGGUCAUGCAGAAGGACAGCGAGAAAAACAUGUCUAUCAAGAAGCUGUGGAAGUGAGUGGACGCCCUUGUGUGGGUCCUCCAAUAAAGCUCUGUGGGACGCACCCUCUGGGAA